UGGACAAUAAGAAAAAUACAAACAAAAGAGUAAACGCGGUCAAAUCAGUGUUCGGUUUGUAUAAUUUCAAAGAAAUUUCAACGGUUCCAUCAAAUUUUGAUUGGUUUUGCUACAAAUUCGCUAAAUUUUCGUCUCCUGAUUACACAAUCAUCAUUUUUUUCUGAUUUUUCAGAAAUUCUCUGUUCUUGCUGAGUUUCUCGGCUUGGGCGGUGAAUUUCUUAGGGAUAUUGCGGUUUGGGUAUAAAAAUGGGUGAGCAUUUGGUGGUGAAAGAUGAGGACCGGGUCCGGGUUGGGAACGCAGAUGCAUCAUCAUCAGGGGAACCGAUUGAAAAUGGGAAGAAGGCAACCGAAGUAGUGGAAGGAACCGGAGCUUCUUCUUCGAAGACGAUGAAGGAAAAGGAAUUGGCUGUUGAGGAAGAAGAAGAAGGGAAUGAGGAGGUGCCGUUAAUUGGGGGUGCAGAGUGCCGUAUUUGUCAAGAUGAAGAUACUUUGAAUAAUUUGGAGAGUCCUUGUGCUUGUUGUGGAAGUCUCAAGUAUGCACAUCGAAAGUGUGUUCAACACUGGUGCAACGAGAAGGGUGACAUUACUUGUGAGAUUUGCCAUCAGCAAUACCAGCCUGGUUACACUGCCCCUCCUCGAGCUCGGUCGGAGGAUACAAUUAUAGAUAUUGGGGGAGGAUGGCAAAUUGCUGGCACACCUCUGGAAUUACAUGAUCCUCGCCUUUUGGCAAUUAGAGAGGCUGAACGCCAACUUUUGGAAGCUGAAUAUGAUGAUUAUAAUGCUACAAAUGCAAGUGGUGUUGCGUUCUGCCGUUCUGCUGCUCUAAUUUUAAUGGCUUUUCUGCUCUUGCGACAUGCAUUACCCGUAGCAGAUGCAGAUGGAGAUGACGAAGAUCCCUCUGCUUUCUUCUCGCUUUUCUUGCUUCGGUUAAUUGGCUUUCUUUUACCUUGCUACAUCAUGGUCUGGGCCAUCAGCAUUUUGCAGCAGCGCAGACAAAGAGAGGAAGCUGCAGCAUUAGCAACAGCACAAUUUGCAUUUGUGGUACAAUCUGGGCAGCCAACAGGUGUACAGUUUGCCAUGGCAUCAGCUACACCAUCUGUCCCUGCAUCAACGGACUCUUCGUCUGUGCCUGCACCAAUGGAUCGGGUUUAAUAUUGUCACGUGCGAGUAUUGGUUCCUGCAUUGAAAAGGUUCCAGCAACGAGCCUCAACGUAGAUGCUGCGUCGUUUUGUAAGUAGUAUUGUGGAUAUAAUAGCAGCAUCUCAUGUCAUGUCAUUUCAAGAACCAACAAUUUUACCAAGCUCUAUAUUAAAAUUCUUUUGAUCUUGGUAUGUAUGUAUGACAUUUAGUAAACAUUUUUCACAUCUGGUUGAGACCAGUUUUGUAUCAUGUCUUGUAGAAACCUUUUUUUUUUUUUUUCAUUUCAGUUGGCUAAAUUUAUUUUUACUCUAUUGUUGAAUAUAGAUAUAUAAAAAGGCUUUGUAUAAA